UCCUGUGAAAGAAGGCCGGAAAUUGCCUUGUCAGGAGAACUGUGGUUGCUGCAAAGUGUGUGCUGUUCAGCUGCUGCUGCUGCUUCUCUCUUGCUAGCUAAGGUCAUAUUUCACUUUUGGGCAAGUUUGUUCAAAAUGCAAAGCAAGAACCUGGAAACAGUAAAUUACUACGUUGGAAUUGAUGUUGGCACAGCAAGCGUCCGUGCAGCUUUGGUAGACCAGUCUGGGACAGUCGUGGCUUAUGCAGACCAGCCAAUUCAAAUUUGGGCACCACAUCCAGACCACUAUGAGCAAUCCUCUGAUGACAUUUGGGCUGCGUGUUGUAUAGUCACAAAGAAGGUUAUUCAAGGGAUAGAUAUUUCCCAGAUUCGAGGACUUGGAUUCGAUGCUACCUGCUCCCUUGUUGUCUUAGAUAGCCAUUUCCAACCCUUGGCAGUUAACACUGAAGGAAAAUGCAACAGAAACAUCAUCAUGUGGAUGGACCAUCGUGCAGCUGAUCAAGUAGCACACAUCAAUGAGACAAAGCACAACGUCUUGCAUUUUGUUGGAGGAGCAAUGUCAGUUGAGAUGCAGCCACCUAAAUUGCUGUGGUUGAAAGAAAAUUUGCGAGAGACUUGCUGGGAAAAAGCAGGACACUUCUUUGAUCUUCCAGAUUUCUUAUCAUGGAAAGCAACAGGUGCCACUGCAAGAUCUUUGUGCACAUUGGUGUGUAAGUGGACAUACACUUCAGAGAAAGGCUGGGAUGAUAGUUUCUGGAAACUAAUUGGAUUAGACGAUCUACUGGCAAAUAAUUACACUAAAAUAGGAAAUGAAGUUCUCGCUCCAGGAGCACCAGUUGGAAAUGGGCUAACAGCAGAGGCUGCAAAAGAUCUUGGCCUUCAUAAGGGGAUUGCAGUAGCUGCGUCUCUGAUUGAUGCACAUGCUGGAGGAAUAGGAUUGAUUGGUGCUAAUGUGAAAGGACAUAACUUACCUUGUGAAAACCAGCCAAUUACAUCCCGAAUUGCUUUGAUAUGUGGGACAUCUUCAUGCCACAUGGCAAUAAGCAAGUCUCCUGUAUUUGUUACUGGUGUUUGGGGACCAUAUUACUCAGCAAUGGUGCCAGGACUUUGGCUAAAUGAAGGAGGCCAAAGUGCUACUGGGAAACUGAUAGAGCAUGUCGUCCAAGGACACGCUGCAUUCCCAGAGCUACAAACAAGAUCUGCAGCCAGUGCUCAAAGUAUAUAUACAUACUUAAAUGGUCACCUGGAUCUGAUUAAGAAAUCUUUGCCUGUGGGUUUCCUCACUGUUGAUUUACAUGUUUGGCCAGAUUUCCAUGGCAACCGAUCUCCCCUUGCAGAUCUGACUCUAAAGGGCAUGGUGGUGGGACUAACUUUAUCUCAAGGCCUUGAUGAUCUCGCUCUUAUCUAUUUAGCCACAAUUCAGGCAAUUGCAUUGGGAACAAGGCACAUUGUGGAAACAAUGCAAGCUGCAGGGCAUUCUGUCAAUACUCUGUUUAUGUGUGGUGGGCUGAGCAAGAAUCCUCUCUUUGUACAGAUGCAUGCAGAUAUCACCGGCAUGCCUGUUGUCCUGGCCCAAGAGGUGGAGUCUGUUGUAAUGGGUGCUGCUAUUCUUGGAGCUUGUGCUUCUAAAGAUUUUGCUUCUCUGCAGUGCUGACACACGCAAGCAACCAAACUCACAGAGAUGUGCAUAGAUGCGGUUCCAGUGUGAAUAACAACCCCAGAAUCCAUGAGUGAGAUUAUCGCAUAGUCGUGCUAAAAAAACCAAGGUGUGAAUGAUCUCAGAGAAGUCUGCAUUUCAGUGAAAUGUUUACUGAAAGGUACGUAUCCCAGUGCUCACACUGGAUAUUAAGUAUAUCUGGCAUGAGCAGUAAUUAAUAUGUUUCAAGAUAUUGUUUGUGUCAAAAAUAUUUCAAGACUGAUUUAGAAUGAAAACUAGGCUUCCCCCCAAUGACUGUACAAUAUGAUACUCCUUAGUUGCUUCCACUAUGCAAGACAUAAGUUAUUAAAAUGUAGAAACUCACUGUAAAAUGUAAAGAGAUACCCCUAUAAGUAGAGAUUACAAAAAUGAGAGAUGUGUGUUUCCUGUUCUCUCAGAGCUACAGGCCAUGAUUGAUUACUCAUGGAGGACAGAUUUGGAAAAGGUCACAUCUUGGAAAAGCAAUUGUCCACAGGGAGGCUAAAUAAAUUUUAUUUCCUCAAAGGGCUAUGUUUCACUCUAUAAUCUCUGGAAUGCUGAAAAUGCAUUCCAGUUCCUAAAGCAGCACCUGGACGAGGUUUAGUGUUGUUUUAUGGAUAGACUUAAUAUCACAAUCAUAUGAUUGCUUCUAUUAGCAGUAUGGAAUUUACAUGGUUCAGCAGUCAUGUUAAGUCAACUGGUCAAAGACACAGAAUAAGAAGAUGUAACAUUCUUAUACAUAUAAGGAAGGUCUCUAGACAACUUUAUUCUAUCACAUGAAAGAUUACAGAUGGAAGCACUUUUUUGCCUCAGAUUAUUUAAAUGUUUCUCUAUCAAAGGCAAGGAUACUUAAAAUUACUCUUCCCCCCCCCCCCAACCCCACUUUCCCUCAUAACUGUAGGCAAAGGCUGGAAAAAAGAGUACUGAGUCAGGAGGCAGGGAUUACUCCUAUAGCUUUCUGAAGUUCUUUUUUUUUUUUUAAAUUCUGUUCAUAAUUGGAAAUAAAGUUGUUGCUGUAGAUCCUCUUUCCUUUUAAGCUGUUGAAACUGCUUUCCCCAAGAGUGGAAGGAAAGUAAGAGUUGGACAAUUUAAAAGAGCUUCCCACUGCCUAGGAUAGUGGAUGGAAUAGCCAAAUAAACAAAAGUGUAAAGAUACAUAGAGGGACUGUACUAACAGUAUACAUUUAGAAGGCUAUCUCCCCUGUAGUUGUUUUCAUUCAAAAAGAUUUCCAUAUGGUUUAUCUGUCCUCAUGUGCCCCCCUAUACUAUAAACUCAAGAAGUUCUGUAUUUUUCCAGACUAUUUUGUUAGUUUAACAUUUGCAAACUUACGGAAAGCUUUUACCGAAUUAAGAUUAAAUAUGAUGGAUACAGCAUAUAGAGACAGAAGAUACAGCGGUAUUCCAGCAAAAGAACGUACCCGUAUUUUCCGGCAUAUAAGACGACUGGGCGUAUAAGACGACUCCCAACUUUUCCAGUUAAAAUAUAGAGUUUGGGAUCUACUCGCCAUAUAAGACUACUCCUCUUCCAACGCUCACCAAAUAAACAUUAAAAAAAUAUCAGAUUUGAUUUCAAUAUGGUAAUUUUAAUUCAAAUGCUUAUGACAUGCAGGUAUUUAGCAGGAAAACGUGUUGUAUACAUAGCCUGCUUGGAUUGGUCAGCUCUCCCUGCCUGCCCAGCCCUCCCUGUCUCCAAGACUAUCAGAGCGGUAUUGCAAACACAGCUGUUUUUUCCAUACCCUGGGCUUCCCAGACGCCUGCAGCUUGCUCCGCCCUUCAGUUACAUAUGUGGCAACUGCAGAUUCUCCAGUCCGGCUCAGAAGUUUCAGCACCUGCCUUAUAAGACGACACCCGGCGUAUAAGAUAACCCCCGACUUUUGAGAAGAUUUUCCUGGGUUAAAAAGUAGUCUUAUACGCCAGAAAAUACAGUACUUGUGUAUAUAGUUGUCAAGAGGUAGAGGACCUUGUUCAUUACAUGUUAUUUUGUCCUCUCUACCAAGAACCAAGAGAAAGGUUCAUUACACCUACAAUAGAAACCAGCCUCAGUCAAAACCCACAGGAUAUGAUCUUUCAUCUUUUACAGGACCUGAAUAAAUAUGUAACCUGGAAAGUAGUUUUGUUUGCCUUAGCAGCUAAAAAAAUCAGGAAUAAGUAUAUAAAAGGGAUAACCAUAAACUAUAAAGGCGAUGUCUAUAUUUGAUAAAAAUGUUAAUGUGCAUAAAUGACAAUUGUUGUUUGUUUGUUUAGAAAUUCUGUACCAGAUAUGAGAUACCCACAUUAUAGAUAUAAUUUACAUGUAUUUUUAUACUGUUAUAUUGUUAUAUGUAUUGUUGUGCUGUGCAAUGACCUUUGGUCAAAAGCAAUAAAAUUUGAUUGAUUGAGUAUAC